GGCGGCGGGCGUGGCUAAGUAGCGCGUGAUCGGACGCGGAGCCAAUCAGGAAGCGUCGCGGAGCGUUUGAAUGUAAGGCGGAGCCGCGCGUGUAACGGUCAGCGUCGUUUUUUGCCUUCGCCGCCGCCGCCGCUGUUGCUUCUUGAGCCGUAAGAAGAGGAGGAUGCAGGGCCCGGAGCGGGUCAGGAGGCCGAGAGCCAUGCGGAAAAGUGAGAUCUUGGCGGAUGAGUCGGUGGCCUGCCUGAGCCAGGCCUUGAGGCACCUUCAUGACAUCUGGGAGGAGAUUGGCAUCCCGGAGGAGCAGCGCCUGGAGCGCACCCAGGUGGUCCGGAAGCACGUCAAGGGCUUGCUGGAGAUGAUGGUGGCGGAAGAGGAGAGCCUGAAGAAGCGGCUGCUCCAGAGCAUCAACGUCUGCCGCAAGAAGCAGGCCGAGCUCUGCAAGGAGCUGCAACUGGCCCCCUUCGAGGAGGACGAGGAGGCCACCAUCCUCCAGCUGGAGAAAGACCUUCGCACCCGAGUGGAGGUGAUGAUUAAACAAAAGCGGGAGCGGCUGCAGGAGAUGAAGGCCCUGCAGGAGCAGGACCAGGACCUCUGCGACCUGCUCUGCACCCAGCCCUUUGCCGCCACCCAGGAGCCCGAGGCCGUGCCCAGCCUGGCCCAGCUGGAUGCGUUCCGCAGACACCUGACUGCGCUCACGGCCGAAAAGGAGCGGCGCUGGGCCGAGUUCCUUGACACAAAGCAGCAGAUCUUGCUGCGCAUGGAGGAGCUGGAGCAGAGCCCCGAGACCACCUUUGAGCGGGACGUGGUCUGCGAGGACGAGGACGCCUUCUGCCUCUCCACCCAGAACAUCGCCAACCUCAAGGAGCUCCUGCAGCAGCUGGAGUUGAAGAGAAGCCAGAAAGAAGCGCUGUGUGAAGAUCUGCGCUCCAGGGUCGUGGUGCUCUGGAACCGCCUGCAGGUCCCUGCGGAGGAAAGGGAGGCCUUCUCCCCCUACAUGGUGGGCUUCGGGUCCAAGAUCAUGAACGCGCUGCAACAGGAGGAAGACCGCCUGGAGCAGCUCAAGCGCGACAACAUUCAGAACGUGGUGGAGGCCAUCCGAACGGAGCUGGUCGGCUACUGGGAUAAAUGCUUCUUCAGUGAGCAACAGAGGCGUUCCUUCGCCCCCUACUUCCAGGACGACUUCACCGAGGAGCUCCUGCAGCAGCACGACGCAGAGAUCCUGCGGAUGAAGCAGUAUUACGAGACCCACCAGGAGCUGUUCGAAGGCGUCCGCAAGUGGGAAGACAGCUGGCGCCACUUUCAGGAGCUUGAGAGAAAGGCAUCGGACCCCAGCCGCUUCACCAACCGUGGGGGCAACCUUCUGAAAGAAGAGAAGCUGCGAGUGAAGCUGCAGAAGACUCUCUCCAAGCUUGAAGCAGAGCUGCAGGACCGGGUGGAGCGCUGGGAGCAGGAGCACCGGGAGCCCUUCCUGGUGCAGGAGCAGCCCUUCCUGCAGUAUGUGGCCGAGCAGUGGCGCCUCCACCACCUGGAGAAAGAGCGCGAGCGGCAGGAACGUCAACUCAAGAAAUCACGUGAGAUUGAGGAAGAGAUGAAGUACGGGAGCAGCCCUCGGACCCCCAACAAGAGGCGGGCGCUGGGCUUCACCCUGCCCGGAAAGGUCCGGAAGCUGAACAUCACCGCGUCCACGCCCAACAGCACCAUGCGCUCAAACUUCAGGGGAUCCCUCUUCAAUUCUCCGGCGGCCGCCACAUCUCGGCUUCCACUUUCCGGAAGGAAGCAGCCCAUCCGGACGCCCAUCCCCUCGGCCAGCAAGACCCCCCGCAACAGACGCCUGGAGAACAAGGAGAACAUCUCCCAGCUCAACGGGACGACGCUGAGCGGUGGGUGCUUCCCCGGCCCCCCCUUCCAGCUCACCGGGAGAACCAAUUCUGCCACCAGCACCUAUUCCGAGUUUGCGCAUGGACUUGCAAAGGCCUCCAAAUCUGAGCUGGGCUCCCGCGUCCUGAACUCCACGGCUUCGAACCUGGAGAGCUGAAGAGGAUCGAUUCCCUUUGUCUCGCCUGCUUCUCAGCCUCCUCCCGGCUCCCGGGUACAAGUUACCUGCCCACCCCCCCAUAGCUCUCCAUGGGCUUCAUGGUGGGGCCAGGGCCACUUUUAACUUGCUUUAAUGAAAUGAACCUUAUAUUUUUUUGGCUAGAAUUGUAUUUUAAAGAGAAUUAAAGAGGAAAAAAUGGGGAUGGGGGCAAUCUAUACACCUGCAUGGUGAGCUCUUUCCUGCCAGUCAGUAGUAGAUAGGUGUCGAAGGGAACAUAGACCCCGGGGCCGCCUCUUACCUCCUUCCAGGCAUCAGCCCUUUCCAGGUAAAUAAACUUUAUUUAUACCAUGCCACCGUCUCCCCAAAGGGACUUGAGGUGGCUCACAAAAGCACUAAAAUAAAACAACACACAAGCAUAAAACAAUAUCAACUUCCAGUUUGGCUGGCCUUGGAAGCAGCCUUUCCAGGCCAAAUCAUGGGGAAUAUGAAGGUCUCCUGCUCAGAUGCUUAGGAAGGAAGAGGAAGCUGGGAAAGGGCACGGAAGACCAAGCCUCCCUUUCUCUUGGGGGGGAAAAGGAGGUGGGAGUCAAGGCGGGCCCAUAACCAAUUAUCAUGGCUACAUUUGCACCUUGGUUUCACUACAGUCCUGUGUUAUUUAUUUCUGCAAGCAAUCGUUCUGGUUUUUGUUUGUCUGCUGCUGUAAAUAGCUUUUAAUCCCCCCCUGAUUUGCGUCCAUCCUGCUGGCCAAAAAGGCAGCGAUUUUCUACAAGGAAUGAGUAUUCUUUUUUUUUUUGGUAAACAGUUUAUUAUAGUUAUGACGCUUAACAGAGCAACAAAUCAUAUCCGAUAUAGUCAGGUAACGAUUUUGAUGUAUACAUGCCUCUCUACACUAGUCAAUCAACCAGUCGAUUCUGAUAUUGAGUACGUAUUAUCAGUAACUUAACUUAAAACAUAUAUUCAACCCCGUUUUGUCUUGUGCAAUUUUGCUUUUUGGAAAAAUAUACCAAGAUGGUUCUGUGUUCAUCUAAAAAAUAUAAAUAAAUAAAUAAAUGGUGUUUUCUGUA